CACCUUUCUUUUCUUAUCAUCCACCAAAGAAACUCGAAUUUUGAACCCGCAAUUCACUAUCCCUAAUGAAAGGCCAUCGUCUCAUUUUCUCCUUUCUCUUCUUUGCCGCCGUUGCUUUCGCGGCACUGGUCGGCGGUUGGCAGCCUAUAAAGGAUUUGAAAGAUCCGAACAUCGUAGAGAUUGGAGAGUACGCGGUAAAGGAAUAUAAUAAGAGAGCGAACACCGAUCUUAUACUGGUGAACGUGGUGAAGGGUGAAGAGCAGGUGGUUUCGGGGAUGAAUUAUCGUCUGAUAUUGGCGGUGACAGAGGGAAAGGCCAGCAAGAAGUAUCAGGCGGAAGUUUGGGAGAAGGCGUGGGAGAAUUUCAAGAAUCUAACGUCGUUUGAGCCCGUGAAAGAGUAAUUUUGUUAUUUUAAGGAUUUAAUAAUAAAAUAAAAUAAAAUGUAUUUCUUAAUUUCUAUUAUUUUGUUUGCUUCACUGUGAUUAAUAAUCUCCAAGAAAAUUUGUUGACCAAUAAACAAGAGAGCUUGUGCCCUUUUAACGUCUGAAAUUUCUUCUCUUUUCUUUUUUUAAAUUCUGAUUAGCAUUAAGUUUUACUUAAAAUUGCAUUAGUUCUUUAAGCCACAUAUUGGAAC